AAAUGUGACAAAUCCAACUCUGGAUACCUGUCUGAAAGGGAUAUCGAACAGUUCUAUGACCUGUUGACCAGUCGGGAGGAGAUCGGCGUGAUCUACGGAGAGUACGCUAAAACGUCAGGCUUCAUGAGUCCUGAGAACCUGGUGGAGUUCCUGAUGAAAGAGCAGAGAGAGAAGGCCACACUGGCCGACGCGCACAAAAUCAUCCAGAGGAACGAGCCGGACGAAAGAGCCAAGGAUAAGAAGCUGCUGUCCAAAGAUGGCUUUCUCAUGUACAUGCACAAUCCGGACGCCUUGGUCUUCAAUCCAGACCACAGAGACGUUUACCAGGAUAUGAGCCAGCCCCUCAACCACUACUUCAUCUCCUCCUCGCACAACACCUACCUCAUGGAGGAUCAGCUGAGCGGGCCCAGCAGCACGGAGGCUUACGUCAGGGCGCUGCUGAAGGGCUGCCGCUGUGUGGAGCUGGACUGCUGGGACGGAGAUGAUGAUGAGCCAGAGAUCUACCACGGCUACACGCUCACCUCAAAGAUCCUCUUCAAGGACGUCAUCGCAGCCAUCAAGGAGUACGCGUUCAAGACGUCCGAUUACCCAGUCAUCAUCUCCUUGGAGAACCACUGCUGCGUGGAGCAGCAGGCAGUCAUGGCCCACCACAUGAGCUCCAUCCUGGGCAGUGCACUCCUCACCUCCCCCCUGGGGAACAGCAUGCCCACAGACUUUCCAUCCCCAGAGGAGCUGAAGGGGAAGUUCUUGAUCAAAGGGAAGAGGUUAAACAAACUGGAGGCCAGCUUUGCUCCUGAGCCGGCAGCAGAUGACUUGGACGUGACGGAGGAGGAGGAGUCAAGUGAUGAAAAGAAGGAAGAAGAGAAGAAAAAGGAGAAAAAGAAGCUGAAACUAGCGAAGGAGCUUUCGGACAUGGUGGUCUACUGUAAGAGCGUCCACUUCCACGGCUUUGAGCAUGCAAGAAAAAACUUGAGCUUCUAUGAGAUGUCGUCCUUCACGGAGGGAACGGCCGUUGAGCUGGCAGAGGAGUCAGCUAAUGCCUACAUCCGUCACAACGUGGACAAGCUGAGCCGCAUAUAUCCAGCAGGCAUGAGGACCGACUCCUCCAACUACAACCCCGUGCCUCUGUGGAACGCCGGCUGCCAAAUCGUGGCCUUAAACUUCCAGACUACCUGCGAGGAAAUGGACAUUAACCAGGGCAGAUUCCUGGUGAACGGAAAGAGCGGCUACAUCCUGAAGCCGGCCUACAUGAGAGACGAAAACACAGAGUUCGACCCCAUCACGCUGACCCGAGGAGACUGGCUGAAGCACAAGACGCUGCACGUAAUGGUGAUUUCAGCCCAGCAGCUCCCCAAAGUCAACGAGAAGAAGUCCUCCAUCGUGGACCCGCUGGUUAAAGUGCAGGUUUUCGGAGUGCCGGAUGAUGUCGCCGAGAAAGAGACCAAUUACGUCGAAAACAACGGUACCUUUCAUUUCAAACACAAUAUACAUGAGGUGUUUUGUGCCGUGCUUCUGCUUCUCACUGUAGUUUAUAAAAAGCAGAUAUUGUUGACAUACUUGUCUGUAUUUUAAACCUUUGAGCGUAUAUUUUCCACAUUUUUUGGGCUCUU